AUGGCAAACUACGCUGCUGUAAACGGGCGGUGUUGGAAGCCAUGCCCUCCUACUUGGAGCCAGUGGCAAGACAAAUGCUACAAGAUGCCUGAUGCCGACGUUACAUGGGCAGAGGGCGAGCAGAUUUGUGUUGAGUUGGGUGGGGUGAUGGUUGUCCCUCAAUCCGAAGAAGAGUUACAACACCUCAUCAAGAUGUUCAGUGACCAAGGGUUCUGGAUUGGUUGCAACGACAUUCAAACUGAAGGUACCUGGGUGUGUUUGGGUGAGGGUACUAUUGACGUGCAGGACAAGAGAUGGCCUGAUGGUCAGCCAGAUAAUUACAACAGCAACGAAGAUUGCGCCGAAGGCUGGGUUGCUGGCUGGAACGAUUUAGUUUGUGGAACCACACGCAAGUUAAUCUGUCAGCGUCCCGUAUCACCAGCACUGUUGCCUCUGUGA